AACCCUCUUUAUUAUAAUCUUCACUCUCAAACCCAAAACCCUCUCUCUCUCUCUCUCUCUCUCUCUCUCUCAAUUCUGCUUUGCCCAUUGACACUCUUGAUCGUCGCCGAUCACCGAUCACCGUUCACCGUCGUGUUCUUGUUCGUUUACUUGUUUGCUUCUUCUCCCACGGUUCACCUCAAUUGGAUUCUGGCUUUAACUAGGAUUAAAAUACCACUUUUUGAACCUGAGGAUUCUGAGCUCUAGGAUACUCAAUGGAUUUGAAGAUUAAAGGUAUGAAUUGGAUGGGGGACAUAUACCAGAAGUUUGAAGCAGUGUGCCAAGAGGUGGAUGGUAUUGUAGCCCAGGAUCCUGUUAAAUAUUUCGAGAAUCACGUCCAGAAUGUUGGAGAUAGUAUGAAAAAGUUCUACUCUGGAGUUGUACAUGAGCUGCUACCGUUUCCUACCUUGGUCAGCUCUACAGAAUAUAAAGCUAAUUCAGUGGAUUUGAAAAACAGCUCUGACUCUUCAGUUAGGUCAGUUGGUGGUGUUAAAGAUAAUAAUAAAAAUGUGGAUGAGGAAAACCCUGCUAAUGAUCAGCAAUCUGCUUCCAUCAAGCAUGAUAGUGUAAAUCAAGUUGGAGAUGAAACUUCCUCAGAUUCCACAGAUGUUGAAAAUUAUUACACAACUCAAGAAGAGUUUGGGGAUGACUUAAUAGAAACUCCUGAGGUUAAAAAAGAAAACUUGGAUGCUACCAUUGAAGAGACAGCAAUUGAGUCGGCACCUAAGCCGAUGAAUUUGAUAUCUGUUAAAGAGAAAGAACCACUUAUAUCCUUAGAACAUAGUGAAUCCCAUUCUGAAUAUUCUGACAGUGUAUGUGGAGAUUUGGUCAGAACAAAUGAUAACAUAGGUGUUAAUGAAGAACCAAACUCAUGUUUGGUAGUUGAAGAAAAUAACACGUCUAUUGGUGAGAAAGAAUCAACUAAUCUAUCCUUAUUCAGUGAAUCAUCUGAUGUCGAUGAGCAGGAUAAACAUGGUGUACUACCUGAAGUUUCACCUGCCACGUCUUCUUUGUCAUGCGAACCUAUCACAGAGACAGGAUCUAUAUGCUUUGAUAGUUCCAUAAUUUCUGAAAGUCCAUAUUCAAAAUCACCAGAAAGCUGCUUUGAAACUGAAUCCUGCAAAAACGAUUCAGGUGAUGGAUCUUGGUCUAUUUCAGAUAGUUCCAGGGUAAAUGUAUGUUGUGAAUCCUCCCAUGUAACUGGUCAGAUCAUGGAAUCCCAGGAUGUACUUGUUUCUACAGGCAGCUGUCUAUCAAUGGAAUCAAAUGAUGAAUCACUGAUCAGUUCUCUUGAAUUCUGCAUGGAUGACAUUCAUUUGAAUGAUGAUGUGAAUCUUGAAGGAAGUUGUGUAUUUGUGGAUGAUAGUGAACUCUACGCAGUCUCAUGCAGAGCCCAAAAGCUUAGAUCAUACAAGAAAAGAAUUCAGGAUGCAUUUGCUCCAAAGAGGAGGUUAGCGAAGGAGUAUGAACAAAUAGCAAUAUGGUAUGGAGACACUGAUACAGAGCACAGUCAAGGUUCAUCGCGAACUCUCUUCCCAUUUAGAUCUAUGCAUUUUGACUCAAAGAUGUUGCAAGAGCAGCAAGCUUCUGAAACUGAGUGGGAGCUGCUGUAAAUACAAUUUGGCUGCAUAUAUAUAAUGAUUGACCAAUUUCAUUGGCUCCCUUAUUUUGCAAAUGUACAUUUUGAAGGUGGCAUGGAAAUUCUUGCUGAAAAUUGUAUUGUUUAUAUUUCUACGAAGAACGCACAUAAUUGUUGAUGACGCUUGUUUUCAUGAAAAUGUGACGAUUUUCUGAUUUCUUUCUCAA